AUGGCGCCUCUCCCUUCGGCCAACCAGCCGCUUCAGCAAAGACUCCUGCAGCUUGCGCAGACUCUACAAUUCGCUUGGUUUGUCGGACACUUGUCGCUCCUGUUUUGCAUCUUCCGAUAUUCCUUGUCGUAUAUCACACUCAACUACUACUCGCGAUGGGCCCAGUUCUCCUACCGUACUGCCUUUAUCUCCGCAGCGGUGACAUACGGAAUUGUGGUCUACAAGGCGUUCCGUGCUCGUUCAAGAGCUGGUAGCAAGGCUCAAGGAGGUGUUCUUGCUCUUGCCGCUGAUGAAAAUGUUCAAUACUUGGCUAUGGCCCUCGUCUGGCUCUUCUCCCCUCAGUACCCUCUUGCCAUGCUCCCCUUCGGUAUCUACUCCAUCUUCCACGUCGCUACCUACACGCGCACAAACCUGAUCCCCACCAUCCAACCUCCCGUUGCCCAGGCGCCAGUUGCCGGCGCGUCUCCCUCCGCCAAGCCGCAAUACAAGCCCAACGCACUCGCUGAGACCAUCGGCAAGUUCGUCAAGGAAUACUAUGACGCCUCCAUGGGUCUUGUUGCCGUCCUCGAAAUCCUCCUGUGGGGCCGCCUCUUCCUCUCCGCAAUCAUGUUCGCCAAAGGCUCCUGGAUCCUGAUCGCAAUCUACACGGCCUUCCUCCGUUCACGAUACGCUCAAUCUGCUUUCGUUCAAGGACAAUUCAGACAGCUUGAGGCUAGAAUCGACAGUCUCGUUGGUGCUGAGUCUACGCCUCCUGCAGCUAGAAAUGUAUGGGGUGGUAUCAAGACGGGUGCGCGGUCAUUCCACGAUGCUACUGAUGUUGGGAGGUAUGUCGGUGGUGCGCCGGCUCAGAAGAAGGCUUCUUAA